UUCUCUCUUCCACACAAUCACCUAACCACACACAAUGGCGAUCCGGAUCCUCGCGCUGUGCGGCUACUCCCAAAACGCGUCCAUCUUCGCCAAGCAGGUGCGCUCGGCGCUGCUCGGCGUGGGCGGCAGCGCUGCGGAGUUCAAGGCGAACUGGUCCGCCCUGCCGGCCAAGUACCAGGCGUUCCAGAUCGCCGGCGCGGACGGCGUUUCGCUCGACGGCAAGCCUAUCGGCUCGGCGACGAACGCCAACGGCGCGACCGGCGCCGAGGUCGUGUUCGUCGACCCGCCUGUCGUGCUCGGCGAGUCGCAGCUCUCGCCCAUCCAGGUCAAGGAGGUGGCCGCGUACGCCAAGGGCGAUGCGGCGCCGAACGUCGCUGUUACCCGCUCGUGGUGGACCGCGCCGGACAGGAAGACGUACCAGUACUUCGACAACACGGUCAAGUACCUCCACGAAUACCUCGUCAGCAACGAGCCCUUUGACGGCGUGAUCGGCUUCAGCCAGGGCGCGGCCAUGGCCGCUGCGCUCGCCGCGCUCCUCGAGAAGCCCGGACUCCACCCCGACUUCCCGGCCAACGACAAGCUCAAGCCUCUGAAGUUCGCCAUCGCCGUUGGCGGCUUCAAGCCCCGCUCCGAGGUGCCCGACUUUACCAACUACUUCCCGCUGCAGACGCCCGUGCUGCACGUCGUCGGCAAGACGGACCCCGUGGUCUCGGGCAAGGCGAGCAAGCAGCUCCAGGACGCGUGCCCUUCCAGCCGGGUCGAGACGCACGAGGGUGGACAUGUCACCCCCGGCGGCGAGGAGUGGGCUGGGUUCUUGAGCGAGUACAUCAACACUGUCGGCAAGGGCGGCAAGGCCGAGGACGUUGCCCCUCUGUCGACCUUUGGCGCCGCCAGGGCGCGUCUGUAGAUCUAGAGGCGGCGUGCGUAGAUGAUGUAGAUGCAAGAGAGAAGUGUGCCAGGG